AUGACGGAGAAUGGAAACUUUGGAACGACUCCAGCGGAUAGGAUUCGGUACUUAAGUGAUAUGACUGCAAAACUGGCGCGCGUAAUCCGGAGCUUGAAGGAGCGAGGGCGGCCAAACGAGUUUUUCUACCGUGUGGCAGAUACAUGUACCAACCUGAUUGACAGUCACUUCGGCUGCCUAGAGGAAUCCGAACCGUUUGACCUCAAUCUGGGUAGUUGUGGUCUGCUGAAAGACGAAGAAAACUGGAAGUGCAGUCGUAAAUUCCCGCAACUGGAGAGUGACAUGCUGCUGCAUUUGAUCUUAAUGGGAGACCAUGAAAUGGAAGAGGGUGAGUUAUUACGGCCGGUAAAUGUCCCGUUGCACGUGGUGCUGCAAGACAAAUUUUUCAGAGACGCCGACUGCAGUAACAUUUCAACUCGUAAGAAUGGCGCCUCAACUCUGGAAAGCCUUGUGACUGGUGCGGUCGUUCUUGCAAGCCACCGUGAAAAGUUUUAUGGAGUUAAAUCCCCCGAGUUCGUAGGGAGAUUUCUUUACGAAAUGGAUGUGGUCGCGGACAUCGAUACGGUAAUGAAUCCUCCGUCAAACCACGACAAGAACGCCGCCGUUAUUCCGUUUUUAUCGCCACCAAACAGGGAGUGGCCACCACAGUUUUUGCAGACUUGGAAUGGUGAUGGUACACGCUUCGCUGCCAUGUAUUGUACCGCGAAUACGGCAGAUAUUGAUUUUAGUUUUCAUUCGAGGGAUGAGAACGGCAGAUGCGCUCUUUCUGGUGCGUGCAAAGAUCAAGAAACCUUGACGUUGAGUACUCUCAAAGAAAUCCUGGAGAGUCUUCAUGAGGACGCUUCCAUUCAUUUAGUGAUGGUAAGGAAGUUAAAGGAGGCAUAUUUCGUGAAUGUUGCUCCUCCAGUAUGUACUGAGCCUACUCCAACUGCUACGAUGGAUAGCACAGAGGUGAAGCUACAAGACGGUUGUUUAACGCGAUCAGGGGACAAGCGUAAGUUCCCGGCGAACAUAUCCGUGAUUUCGGGUACGGAAUCGAACCGCAAGCGUAGCUGCAACGUGAAGAUUAACGCUUCUCAAUGCGGUUUAACAGUCCAAUCAAGUGCCCAAGGCGAACUCGAAGCGAAGGAUGUGAUUGUGCAGAAUGAAGAGUCCAAAAUCAAGGGCAAAACCGAGUCCCCAUUUGAUUUCUUGAAACGAGUGAAGCUGGAAUUUGCCGACUUUUAUUGUGUUUCGGAGCGCGGCGAGCUUCAGAAUUCGAAGAGCUUAUGCAAGCCAAAUCCUCCGCUGAUGGCGUCUCUUUGA